UCUAUACCAACAUGGAUUUCUUUAGAUCUGGAAAACAAAAGGCUUCAGCUACUCCAUCUGUCAAUGAAAAAGAACCAGUGUCUGAACCUGUUCUUGUCGUUCAAAAGGAUUAUAAACCAAUCAUACCAUCUCCUUUGGACGAUACUCAACAACAAAAACUCACUCAAUUAAGGGAAUAUAUCAAUACCAUCUUAUUACCAGAAACUGACGACUAUUAUCCAAAUGAAAAAGGUUUUUUGACUGAUGCUACUCUUCAUAGAUAUAUGCGUGCAAGAAAAUGGGAUUAUGAGGCAGCGAAAACGAUGUUGGAAAAUACCAUUCAUUGGCGACGUGAUUUCAAACCUGAUUUAUUGGAUCCUAAUUAUAUAAAACCUGAAGCAGAAACGGGGAAAAUGUAUUGGAAUUGUUUUGAUCAUGCUGGUCGACCUGUAUGGGUAAUGCGUCCUCGACAUCAAAAUUCCAAAGACAAUGAACGUCAAAUUAAGCAUAUUGUGUUUUGUUUGGAACGCGGGAUUCGUUUGAUGCCAAAAGGAGUGGAAACAAUUGAUAUCAUCAUUGACUUCAAAGGUGCUUUGGCUGCUCAUCAUCCAAGUCUCUCUACAUCAAAAAAGUUUUUGGAAAUCUUGAGUAACCAUUAUCCUGAAAGAUUAGGUUAUGCUUUCAUUGUUAAAUCACCAUGGUUCUUUUUGACUUCAUUCAAACUGAUCUCACCUUUUAUUGAUCCUGUGACAAGAAGUAAAAUCAAGUUUGUUGUGGAGAAAAAAGAUGAAAAAGGAGAUGGUAAACGAGACACAUCAGAAUUGGCCUAUUUGCCUGAUUAUAUACCUGAAGAUCAAAUUGAAACUGAAUUUUAUGGUGACUUAAACUUCAAGUUUGAUAUUGAUAUUUAUUGGACGCGUCUAUUGGCAUUGACUGGAAAUCCUCAUAAAGUCAUAGAUUAUUGAUGAUUUAGAUGAUAUAUAUACACUUGGAUACCAUUUGAAAAAUAGACAGUAUUCUUCUUCAAUAAAAGUUU